GAUCCACCUAUGACUCUUUUUCUUCCCCCCACUGCCUUCCAUCUUCUCUUCUUUCUAUACUCAAGAUACCCUCUCCCUCACCAAACCACCCCAAUCCCACCACACAAAAAUGCCCUCCCGGCAAGAAGUCUCCUACUUUGGAGCCGGUCCGGCUCCCCUUCCGACUCCCGUCGUUGAGGCCGCCGGCCAGGCCUUCGUCAACUUCAAUGACUCCGGUCUCGGCCUCGGCGAGAUCUCGCACCGCUCCCCCACCGCGAACAAGAUUCUUGAUGACACUAAGGCAAACCUGUCCGCCCUCCUCGAUAUCCCGGAUAACUACGAGAUCCUGUUCAUGCAGGCCGGUGGUAGCGGCGAGUUCAGCGCCGUCGUCCAGAACCUCGUUCCCGUCUGGAUUGAGCGCCGCCGCCGCCGAGCUGAGGCCGAUGUGGCCAAAGCCAACCCGGAUGCCGAGAAGGCUCAGGUCGACGAAUUGGUCUUCCAGAGACUGCAGAAGGAGGUCGACGAGGAGUUGAAGCUCGAUUACCUCGUGACGGGAUCCUGGUCGCUCAAGGCUUCGCAGGAGGCUGCUCGAUUGAUCGGCUCUAAAUAUGUCAAUGUCGCUUUGGAUGCUCGCAAGGCCAAUGGUGGCAAGUUCGGCACUAUUCCUGCUGAGGACACUUGGUCGUUGACCCCGACCAAGCGCGAGGGUGGCAAGGGCUCGGCGUUCGUGUACUUCUGCGACAACGAGACUGUCGAUGGUGUGGAAUUCCAAAACUUCCCCAAAGUUCUCGAGGCCCAGGGCCAGGAUGCUGAGGAUGAGCGCCUUGUUGUGGCUGACAUGAGCUCCAACUUCAUCAGCCGCAAGGUUGAUGUCAGCAAAUAUGCUGUUAUCUUCGGCGGCGCCCAGAAGAACAUCGGUGUCACCGGUAUCACUAUCGCUAUUGUCCGCAAGGACCUCCUCCCUCCUCAGACUGCCACUCCUCCCGCUGCUCUGCUGCACCGGUUGAACAUUGGUGGCCUGCCCGGCCCCGUUGUGCUCGACUAUGCCACCAUCGCUAAGAACAACUCCCUCUAUAACACUCUCCCCAUCUUCAACCUGUGGGUUGCCGGUAAGGUCAUGGCUGACCUGAUGAACGUCUUCGGUGCUCAAAAGGUCAGCGGUCAGGAGAAAAUCGCCGACCAAAAGUCGGACCUCAUUUACGGCGCUCUGGACAAGUACCCCCAAGUUUACCGGGUCGUUCCCGACAAGAGCGUUCGCAGCCGCAUGAACAUUUGCUUCCGUGUCUGCGGUGGUGACGAUGCCAAGGAGAAGGAGUUCAUUGCCGGUGCUGAGAAGCGCCUUCUUCAGGGCCUCAAGGGCCACCGCAGCGUCGGUGGUAUGCGUGCCAGCAACUACAACGCCGUCCCUCUGGAGAACGUCCAGAAGCUGGUGCAGUACCUCGAGGACUUUGCUUCAACCCAGUAAACUGCCCUGGAGGCAGAACAAGCGUUGAUCAUGGUUUCGCGAAAAAGAAACUUUCAACCUUGAGCUAUUUCUUAUUUGGUUUAUUGAACUCGAGUGGGUGUUGGUAUUGGGAAUAUGGACGACAACAAAAGCCGGCCCGGGACUGUUGUCACUAUUCAACAUGACUCCAUGGUAUAUGCUAUAUGUGCUACCAAAAAUAAUAUGAUACAAAUGACUUCAAAAGGGAAAAUCGGGACGGCCAGACACUAGGAUCAACUUUCGGGUCUCCUGGUUCUCCGUCUCCGUUGUUGGCUUGAUAAACUGGGCCAGGUCGUUCUUUCCAAUGAAACGAUUCUCUUCAUCCAGAUAAUAAUCCACCGUAAUCUGCCCAGGAUAUUGCGACUUGAGCGCUUCCAAUUCGCGCACAAUCAGCGACUGUUCCUGGCCCGGAGAGACCGGACUAGCCGUCUCGAAGUGAGAGGCAUUUGCGCCGCUGGACGACGAACCAAACCAGCCUGAGAACCACGAGCGACUUGACGACGCCGCCGGAGCUUUCGGUGUAUCACUCACACCACCGACACAAUCAGCCCUGAGUCGACUCGCCCAAAUGAUAUGAAUCCUCGGUCGAUUGUUCUUCGUCGUCCGAUGCAACAGCGAAUACCCAG